GGCGACGAAGGAUUUGCGGUUUAAAAAGAACUCGAAUUUCUUCGAUAAGACAAAAACAUUGUUUUUUCCCUCAAGCAGUUGAUUCAGCCAUCUUCUGAAGUGGGUUGAUAAAACGACCUUGUCAUAGUACGUCUGGCAUUGUGUCUACUACCUGUUAGGAUUUCAUUCUAAGCUCAUUAACCGGGAUAUAAUUGCCAGAUGAUGGGCGAAUUUGAUCGUAUCUCACGACCAAUCAUGAGAGUUCCAUCCCUCUUGUUGAUUAUAGCCAGUAGUGAUGCUGAAUCGUAAGCUUGGAUUGAUUCCGGCGUAACGUGCUGAGAACUCGGGUUUUCUCUCUCCAACCGCAAACGGUGUGAAAAACAAAACAUAGGAGCUUAGAAAGUUCGAAAACGAGGAAACGCAGGGAUGGAUUAUAACGUUGAAGAGGUAGACGACAUUGAUGUUAUUGUCGAAGACACGAACGUACAAAUGGAACUAGAGAAUAAGUUGGUGUCUGACUUGAUGAAAUCGCUUGAAUACGAACACCAGCAAGAAGGUAAUGAAGAAUUAUUGCAAGAUGGAAAAGAGGAAGCAAAAAAUGUGCCAAAUUAUGGACAAGAACAUGCAAACUUUUGCGAUUUGUCAAAAUCAUGUGGAAGAGAUUUAGGUGGAUCGGAAUACCAUGGAAUUCCAUUGAUUGUCAUCGAAACAGAAGAUGAAUGGAGAAGACGAGAGUGUAACGAAAAAACACUUGAACCACGCGACAAGACUUCGCCUGGGGAAACAACUCUCCAGGGAAAACAGAACUUGAAGCAAGAAGAUUUAGAAUUUGAGAUCAACAUGGAACAAUUCCAGAAAGAAUUGUCUGAUGUUGUGAAAGACGACUCUAAUACUCAAGCAAAGAACAAAGACAUUUUUUCAAGUAUUUUGGAAGAAUUACAAUCCAACAUAGAAGAGGCUGCAUUUGUGUCUCUUAGUGAAGAAAGUACUGAAGAAAGCGAGAGAGAAUUCAACACUGUACUACGUGCUGGUGAUGAGGGUCAGCGUUGUAGCACGAAAAGUGAAAUGGAGAUAAGAAGUAUGACCAGCCAGGGAUAUGUUCUUGACAUGCCUUAUAACAUGUCUGUUGAUGUGCAGGAAUUUGGCCUGGAUUAUUCAGAAUCCUUGCCUACUAUUAAGAAGAACUCUGUCCCAGAUAGUCCAAUGUUGAUAGAUUCAACAAAACGACCUGAACUCGUGCAUGAUGAUGAAGAACAAUCUCAAAAAUCAACUUCAAAAACCCUUGGUGACGCUGAGCUGAUCCCGGAAAAUCUCUCUAAACACGAAAGUGCAAAUCUCAAAGACCUCGUUAAUCAGACCACGCAGUUGUCAAAUAAACCAGAAUGUUUUGAGGAAACAAAAAACACCACUCUUGAUCCCCAAGGUCAGGAUGAUGAAAUUUCGUCCAUUUCGGGUGACUUUUUCGAAAUUAAAAAUGCAGAUGACGUCACCCCUUGUGGAAUCCAAGAGGGGGGUUCUAUUUGCGAAUUACCACACACCCCUAACUGUGACAUUGAGAAAACCAACAUAAAAUUCCAAGAACAUGUUAUGGAGAAUGCCGAUCUGCUCACUGGCAGUUUGAGUGGGAUAGUGAGUAGAAAUGACAUUGAUCAUGAAUUUGGUGUUGACCUUCAAGCUGAAGAAGGAUUUAAGUUACCAGUCGUCAUUAGUAAUGAAGGCGAUGACAGGACGAGGAGUGACCUCGUGAGUGAUCUGAAGAUAUUAGCAGCUGGAGUAGAUGAUGAUAAAUCGGGAGACAGAAUGGCACGAAAAGUUGAACGUUACGAAAACAGCAUUUAUACCGCGAGACAGAAAACGAUGGAUAUCGAGACAACGAAAGUCGUAGAGAAUAAUGACAUUGAAUGGGACGACAGAUCGGAAAUGAAAGAACAUGUUGAGGUAGUUACAGAUUCUUUUAAACUGGAGGAGAAAAAUUUGAUUUCUUUCGAUGAUGAUGAUGAUAAUGAUGUGUUAGUCGCUGCCCAUGGAUUGCCUCUAGCAAUAGGUACGCCAGUGAGUGAAAAAGAAGAAAAUGGUCCAAAUAUGGGACACUCUAUCGAUCUACUAACUGAAAACCGUGUUGAAGAUAGUGGAGACGGUGGUGAUGUACGAAGCAAAAAAAUCAAAACAAACUUUGUGUUAGAGAAGGACAUUUUGUUGGAGGAAAAUGAAAGUGGAUGGAAUUCGCAAGUAAAUGAAAUGGAAAAUGGGAAAAGAGAAGAUGAGAUAGAUGUUAAAAGAGAUCUCUCGUCUGUUCCGGUGAUAGGAACACUGGUCGAGAUUUCGCCACAGUGCAGAGACAAACAAGUUUGUCCCGAGACAGCGGGAAUCCCGCCAGGACCAUUCGRGAACACUGAUGUUAUUAUAAACUCUUGCAAAGAUCAAAUUCUCUGUGAGUCUUCAACUUGUAGAAACAUGUACGCGAGUGAACAAGAAAUAACGAAUAUUACCAGCAAGGUUGAUAAUGUUGGAGACGAAAAACGAAAAAAAGGAAGGAAGGAAGAAGAAAGUAUGAAAGAAAACGAGAAAGUAAAGUCUAAUAAUGCUGUUUUGUCGUGUGGAGAAGACGCUAAAAAUACCUGUGGCUUGAAGGCCGACGCAGGAAAUGAUUCGAAAGCACAAAGUCACGAAAUUCAAACGAUGGAUGAAAAUAACUGCUAUCAGAAAGACGAAGAAGUUGUAGGAAAGAAAAUAGACUCUAAUGUAUGUAGUUCCACGAAGAGACAAAGAGAGCAAGACACUGACAUUGACAUUGAAGUAGGUUUGAAGAAGCUAAAAAUAAAUGACACGUUGGAGGAAAGACGUUCAACAAACGAACAGCAUGAUAUUGGAGACUCACAAGAAUCUCAAAAUAGCUCGUUCAGGUAUAAUAAAGAGGAGAAACGUCAAGGAAUAGAGAUCGUAGAAUGUGAAAAGAACGUACAAAUGGUAGAAAAGGAAUGCUAUUACAGCAGUGAGGAAAAUGUAGCAUCUCAAGAGACUUGCUUAGCGGAAAAAGUUUUAUUUUCUUCGCAGGAACUUGAUUCACAAGACGAGCAAGAUAAACGAAAUGUUUUGGUAAAAUUAGAAGAGAAUUGUGAGCUUGAGUGUGAAGACGGAACUUCUGAGUGUGCCUCCGGAAUUGAGAUGUCGGUGGUCGAAAUUGUACCAGUUGUGCCAGACAAAUGGAACGAUGAAUUGGUUGCUUGUGACAGUAAAAAUAAUGAUGCUGAAAUACAACAUUCUCUGCCUUGUUGCUAUGGUGAUGCUACCUCUACAGAAAACAAGGUCAAUGAAAAUAUUCCCGAAGAAUAUGAUUCAGAAAAGUUGGUUCUGGAUGAAGAAACUGAGGCGGGAAAUGUUGGUAAAGUUGAAAAAGAUGUGACGAAUUUUCAAGAGGAAAUAAAACAAUUUGAGUUGAAAGUUGGAGAAGAUUGGACUGUAACAAAAAGGGCUGAUGGAACGUGUGCUGUCGGCGAAGAUAGUGUUGCCGUUUUAUCGGAACAUCUUAACGAGCUUUUAAUUGRCAAAGAAGAAAAACAAACUGAUACUGAAAAUACUUUGGGUGAAGAACCGUUGGUAAAAAUAGCAACGGAUUCAAGAUGCUAUGAUGAAGUCACGCAAGACGAGGGCACAAGAGUAACGCAAGGCAUAGGACAGGAAAAGCAAAUUCCUUCAGAGUGCCUGGCAAUAGGACAGGAAGUGGACGGGGGUGUAACGCAAGGAGAGUCAGAUUUGAAACAAGAUGCUGUUGUAAAAGCAACGCAAGGCAUAGGAAAGGAAGACCAAAUCCAUUCAGAAGGUCAGACCAAAGAAACGGAAGAGGGAGAUGCAACACAAGAAGAGGAAAGUGUAACGCAAGGAGAGSCAGAUGUGAAGCGAGAUACUGCUGUAAAAGUAACGCAAGGUGUAGGACUUGAAGACCAAAUCCAUUCAGAAGGUCAGACUAAAGAAACGAAAGAGGGGGAUGCAACACAAGAAGAGAAAAGUGUAACGCAAGAUUUAGACAAAGAUGUGACAAGGGUAACGCAAGAUACAGAAAAGAAACUGGAACUGGAAGAUUGUGUGACUCAAGGGUUAGAGAGGAGAGUAACGCAAGAAGUUAAGGAUGUUGGCCAGGAAAAUGGGGAAGAACCAGUGCAAAAAGUGUUAAAAGAGAAUGAAUUGAAUAAAGACAGGGACAUAACGCAAGAAACAGAAGAAAGAGUAACGCAACAAGCAAAAAAGGAAGCAAGGCAAGACGCCUCACGUGUCGAAACGUCAAACCAAGUUGUAACACAAGUCGAGCAAAGUGUCAUGCAAGGCGUAACGCGUGAAACAGCUCCUUCCAAAGAUGUUGCACUUGAAAUGGAGAAGAGAAUAGCGGAACAAGUACUGCGAGACGAAAAACAUAUAGAAGAAGAAAUGCUGGAAGAAAAACAAAAGGAGAAAACCAAGGGACAAGUAACGCAACGCGAAGACCUCGCGCAACACGUCAAGCAAGAGGUAACGCAAGAAUACAAAGAUGACUUAAAAGAACUCAAAAUAGAGAAAGAGAUAACGCAAGAAGAGAAACGAGUAAAGCUACUAGAAGAAAACGUAACAGAUGAUUUCGAAGGUGCAACCGGAGAUGUCAAUGCAAUACGGCAACUAAUACGAGAAGUAAUGCAAUCUGAAAUAGAAGGGUGUGUAACGCAAGAAGCAGAAAAGAAUGCAAAGGAAGAAGUCGAUGGCGUUAUAAAACAAACACAAAAAGAGAAGGAUAGAAAACAAGAAGAAGAAGAAGAAAAAGUAACAAUGAAGAAAGGGUUUGAGGAGAAAACCCGGGAAGUUACAAGACAAGAACGAGAGUGUGAACCCUUGGAAAGGAGAAAUGAGACAGUGAAUCAGUUUUCAACAGACAAACAGCAAGAAGAAGAAUUGAAAGACUAUAAGAAGAUAGCAAGAGACUCAGGGAUCAGUGUUAAUUCUCAGGGAAAUUGGAUUGAAGGUGCUGAACCAAAAGACAAAUCUUGUGAGACAGUUAGAAAAUGUGAAAAUGAAAAUGAAAUGGCUUGUUCGCAAGAAACAGAGGAAGAUGAAGACAAACAAAACCGAAUCCGUUCAUUUGAAAUGCUAGUUCAUUUAGAGACGAUAAUAAAAGAGCUGGAGAUGUAUCGCUCCGAGCAAAAAAAAUUACGAGAUUCAUUUAAAACUUGUAUGAACGAAGUUAUGAUAAAUUUAAGUUCCAUGACCAAGGCUGUGCAAGUGAUGGAAACACGAUUGAACCAAAAAAUCAAAGACGCUCAUGAGGAACUCAAGAAGUGCUAUGAGAACCUAGAAGGAAACAGAGCUACUGUACUUUCAAUGGAUACUCUUCUGAGAAGCUAUACUGCAACACAGAACCAGUUUGGUGACUUAAGACAGAGAGUCAAAGACUUAGAAAUCAUUUGUACGGCUUUGAAUGUAACCGAAAUGCAAGAUAAGCUAUCAAACCAAGUGUCAGCCGAGAUUGAUACGAUGGAUAAAAGAGUACGGUUCACCGAGAACGAUAUCAGUGAUUUGAAACUGCGGGUAACUGAGCUUGAAGCGGAGUGUUCUUCGUUGAGAAAACUAUCACCAAGCGAGAAACAACAGGAAAUCCAGGUUUGGAAAAAAGAACUGAAAUUUGGUAGAGUCAACUCAAGAAUAAAAAAUUCACAAGGAAGAAUGAGAGGGGAUUUGAAUGAAGAAGCGUCACUCAGUAGGAGUUCGCCCGUAAUAGGACCUGGUCAGCGGUAUUGUGGACUGUAUUCGGAGGAAGUUUGAACUGGCUAUUUAACGUUUCGUUUUUUCGAAGACAUUAGUUUGGAAGCGUUCUGAUGAAGAAAUAUUUUUGGCGGGAAAUUGAAAAGGCGUUUAUAUUUUGCUGGUUUUCAAAGACGCCAUGUUGCGGGUUGAAUAUAAAAGUAUUUGUCAGUCAUUGGCGUUUUGUUAAAUCAUCCAACAUGGCGGCCAUGUCAUGGAGGUAUGACUGCAAACCAGCAACACUUCCUUUGAAUACUUAUUUUAAGUUGAAAUUUUUGAAACUUCACUUGAAACUGUAAUAUAAAUGAAAGCGUUAAAGCAAAACUCAUUUAUAAAGUCAAACAUAAAAGUAUGUAGUUAGAAUAUAAAUAAGCUACCAGUUCAAUGGAUAUAUCUAGAAAAUCCAUACUUCGCAAUUUAAUGUAUAUAAGUUACAUCAAUAAAGAUUUUAUUUACUUUCAA